AAUUUCAAGGGAUGUGAAGAAUUUUUUAUUUUCUUUUUAACCCAUUCCUAGAAGUUUUACUUACAAGGAAGGCAUCUUUCAGUUCCUCCUUUUCAAUAGUGAGGAAGAAAAAACACACACACUAAUACACAAACACAAAUGCAACUUCAGAUUCAACUCAAUUUUCAAACCUGCUGUUAAAGCACACAAAAAAAAUGGAGGAAAAGAAGAGACGUCCUUCUCUUCCUGCCAACUACGUCACUCUGGCUCAGCUGCAACAAUCCUGGCUCCAACAACAAAAGCAGCAACAACAACAACCACCACCACAUGAACAGCAACACGAAGACAAAAUUGGACUUGAACAGUUACAGGGAGAGUCUCACCAAAGGCAUGCAACCGCUUCUAGGUCUUUCGCUGGGAAAGAGAAUCCAAAUAACCGUAAUCAACAGAAAAAUCGUGAUGAUUCAGAAGGCAUAGACAGAGACAGAGACGGAGACGUCAGUCUAGAAGGAGAAGGUAGCAUGCAAUGGAAGGAGAAAGUGAAAUCGAAGACGAAACAAGCUAGGGUUGAAGAAAGAGGAACAAAAUUCGAAGAGAAUGAAGAGAAGGAGAAAGAGGAAGUGAAACAGGGAUCGCGCCCGGAAUAUUUUUACCAGCAACACCGCCAUGGAGCCGCUGUUAGGGUUUUUGCCAGAAAACAAAGUCACUUCAAUCGGGCGAAUCAUUGGAAAGUUCGUGGUGACUCGGGAACUAAUGCCGAGAAACAACGCAAUGAAGCUGAUACAGGAAUUAGAGGCGCCGAUGCGAAAAGUAAAGGCAACUACGAACCGAAGAAGAACAAGGAAGCGAAGCCAAAACCUAAUGUUUAUGAAGGUGGAAUCAAAACCGAAGAGAAGAAAGAGAAAGAGAAACAGGAUGAGGAUGAGGAAGUGAAACAAGAGCAACGCCGUGGAACAGCUUCUAGGUCUUUUGUCGGAAAACACGAUCGCAAUGGUCGCUUGAAUCGCGGAAAAAUUCGUGCCGAUUUUGGAACCAAUGCUGAGAAACAAUGCCAUGACGUAGGAAUAGGAGACGGUGAAUCGAAGAUGAAUGCCACAAAGCCAAAAUCUCUGAUUGUGAAAAAGAAAACAGAAAUGGGAGGAGAGAAUGGAAAGAAACAGAGGGAGGAAGUAAGUAAUGCUGAAGAGGAGAAAGCCAAAAUCAUGGAAAGCCAAUCCAACGAGGAGAGUGCUGGUGGUGGUGGUGGUGUGCCGAUGGAGGAGGUUGAGCAGAGAUUUAGGGGUUUAGAGUUUAGAAGAAUGGGUGAUGGUCUCAAUUACGGUUACAUUAACAGAAAGGGUUAUAGAAGCGGUCAUGGUAAUGACUAUGGCUAUGGCAACAGGGAUUUUGAAAGGGGCAAAAGAGGUGAGAAGAUGGUUUGGAUUAGGAAAGUUGACAAUAUUGGUGAAACUGAAAACUAGUUUAAAUGUUCUUGCUUUAUUCUGUAUUAAAUAUUAGGUUGAUUUGGAUUUAGGGAUUAUCAAAUAUGAUAGUUUUCUGUUCAUAUGGUUAUAGGAAUGAUUUUAACCAUGGAAGAGUACAGUUCUGGUGAAUUAUUCCGCCGAAUGUGAUUAAUUUUCAAUUUGCACAUUUUGAUAUCCUAGUUCUAAUUCAUAGUGUUUAGUUUGAAAUCAGAAUUUGAGUUAAAUUA